UCCCUUCUCCCUUCCCUUUCUUGGGUAUUCAAGAAGAGUUUUGGAGUUGUGCUUUUCUUUUUCCCCACCCUUACCCUUGGACUGAAUUUGUCGCUUCUGGAGCAAGGCUGGAUCCUCCCGUGCAGGCUGCAAAGCCCUACUAAUAUUCCAGCGAUAAUAGUAAAAUGCAGAUUGGAUAAUACGACUUCUUGCCAAGGGCUCCAAUGAGUGGCACACAGACCACAAUCACGGACAGGUUUCCUCUCAAAAAACCUACCAGACAUGGCAGCAUUCUGAGCAGAGAGUCUCCAGCUGACAAGAAGCAGAAGGUUGAACGCUGCAGUAGUACACACGACUUUGAUCCUACAGAUAGCUCCUCCAAGAAGACAAAGUCUAGUUCGGAGGAGAGUAGAUCCGAGACRUAUGGUCUUGUUCAACGGUGUGUCGUUAUCCAGCGGGAUGAAAAUGGAUUUGGGCUGACAGUGAGUGGAGACAAUCCAGUCUUCGUGCAGUCAGUCAAAGAAGAUGGAGCAGCCAUGCGGGCUGGAGUGCAGACCGGUGAUAGAAUUAUCAAGGUGAACGGCACUCUAGUAACACACUCAAACCAUUUGGAAGUGGUAAAGCUGAUCAAGUCGGGUUCCUAUGUAGCUCUCACUGUUCAGGGGCGCCCACCAGGGUCGCCCCAAAUUCCAUUAGCUGAUUCUGAAGUGGAUGUGGCAGCAUUUGGGCAUAUGUCUCCAAUCAUGACAUCUCCUCAUUCGCCUGGCACAUCAGGAAAUGCAGAAAGGAUUACUAGCCCAGUACUCGUAGGGGAGGAGAAUAAUGUUGUCCACAACCAGAAAGUGGAGAUUCUGAGAAAGAUGCUGCAGAAAGAGCAGGAACGGCUGCAGUGUCUGCAAGAAGAGUGUAGCCGCUCACCCACCUCACGGCUGCUCAAAGAGAUACAGGAAACCAAGAAGCACAUUCCUCAGCUGCAAGAGCGGUUGUGCAAAGCCACAGGCGGUACUCAGGAUGGAGUCUUGUCCUCUAAAUCUGUGACAGAAGCUCUGCAAAUCAGUGAAGUAGAGGCAGAAAGUGGGGAUGUUCUGAGCAAACUGGAUUACAGUGCUGAUAGCUCCCGACCAAACAGUGACAUUACUGAUAGUCCUCGGAGUGGCCUGAAGGAUCGAAUUUAUCUGGAUGAGAGCCCAGAGAAGACUGAGAUUCAAGAUGCUGAUUCUCAGUCAAGUGUUGGAAGUCCUUCUUCCCGUAUGGGACCACAGAUUAUUGGAGCAGAAGAUGAYGACUUUGACACUGAACAGGAACAGAUUAAUGGACAAUGCAGCUGUUUCCAAAACAUUGAGCUCCUGAAAUCUCGUCCAGCUCACCUGGCUGUUCUUCUGCAUCAUGUGGUGUCCCAGUUUGACCCUGCAGCAUUAUUAUGCUACCUUUACACAGACUUGUACAAGCAGACCAACUCCAAAGAGACUCGACGUGUCUUCCUUGAGUUUUACCAGUUCUUCUUGGACCGAGCUGCAAAUCUGAAAGUUCCAGUUCCAGAUGAGAUAUCUGUAGAUCUAGACAAAAGGAGACCAGAACUCAUUCCCGAGGAGCUUCAUCGUCACUACAUACAAACUAUGCAAGAUAAAGUCUGUCCAGAAGUUCAAAAGAAUCUUGAAGACUUCAGGCAGAAGCGUAGCAUGGGAUUGACUCUGGCAGAGGGUGAACUCACCAAACUGGAUGCAGAAAGAGUUCGUGACCGGAAUGCAGUGGAGAAGGAAAGAGCAUGCGCAGAACAGAUCAUUGCCAAAAUUGAGGAAGUCUUGAUGACAUCUCAGCCCUUGGAAGAAGAGAAGAGUUCGACAAUGCAGUAUGUGAUUCUUACUUACAUGAAACAUCUGGGAGUCAAAGUGAAAGAGCCUCGGAAUCUGGAGCAGAAGCGUGGCCGUAUUGGUUUCUUGCCAAAGAUAAAGCAAAGUAUCAAGAAAGAGAAAGAAGGAGAGGAAAAAGGGAAGAGAAGAGGCUUCCCAAAUAUUUUGGGACCACCAAGGAGACCAAGUCGACAUGAUAGUAGUGCAAUUGGCAGAGCGAUGGAAAUGCAGAAGCAACGUCAUCCAAAGCACUUAUCUUCAGCCUCUUCCAUUAGCCCAGAGCCACCAGAUUCUGGCAAGAUGCGCCAGAGUGGCUCUUCCAGUGAUGGACAAGAGGCAGUAUAUCUGCCAGCCAACCCAAUGUCUCCUUUGGCAACAGGUCCCUUUUCCUCUCCAGAGGGGAGCAAGGACAGUGAAGCAGGCUCGAAGCAGACUGCAGAAGCGCCACCUUCUAGCGAUUGUGUGGAUGGCACGCCCCGCACACCUAAUAAUACUUUUGAAUUCCCAUCUCCUUUGGAAAACUUGCAGGAGGAGGAGGGAGAAUCUGAGAGAAUGGUUGACAUGGGAACACCAAAGACUUUUCGCAAAAUGGAUAGUGUGGGUUUUGCAGAUGUACAAAGUGAAGAUGAGCUAUAUGAUUUUGAUAUGGACAUGGACCCUCCCAACUGGCAGCAGCUUGUGAGCCGAGAAGUGUUGAUGGGACUGAAACCUUAUGAAAUCAAGCGCCAAGAAGUGAUUAAUGAAUUGUUUUACACAGAGAGAGCUCAUGUCCGCACACUGAAGGUUCUGCAUAAUGUCUUCUACCAACGUGUCACGAGGGAAGGGAUCCUGAACUCCAGUGACAAACGGAAAAUCUUUUCAAAUCUGGAAGAUAUCCUUGGGCUUCAUGUUGCAUUGAAUGAUCAAAUGAAAGCUGUCCGAAAAAGGAAUGAGACUUCUGUAAUUGACCAGAUUGGGGAGGACCUGCUUUCCUGGUUUAGUGGAUCAGCAGAGGAGAAGCUGAAAAAUGCAACUGCUACUUUCUGCAGUAACCAGCCGUUUGCUUUAGAGGUCAUCAAAUCACGUCAGAAGAAGGACUCUCGCUUCCAGACUUUUGUGCAGGAUGCUGAGAGUAAUCCACUGUGUCGACGGUUGCAGUUGAAGGAUAUCAUUCCCACUGAGAUGCAGAGGUUGACUAAGUACCCCCUUCUGCUCGAUAAUAUUGCCAAGUACACAGAACUGCCUGAAGAGAAGGAGAAAGUGAAGAAAGCAGCAGAUCACUGUCGUCAAGUCCUUAAUCAUGUGAAUCAAGCUGUUAAAGAAUCUGAGAAUAAGCAGCAUUUGGAAGAUUAUCAGCGUCGUCUUGACUUGUCCUAUUUGAAGCAAUCUGAGGACCCCAUGAUGGAUGAGUUCAGGAACUUGGAUCUAACUAAAAGAAAAAUGCUUCAUGAAGGGCCUCUAACUUGGAAGGUUAAUCGUGACAAAACUAUUGAUCUCUACACACUGCUUCUGGAGGACAUUCUGGUACUGUUGCAGAAACAAGAUGACAAACUGGUUCUGAAGUGUCACAGUAAAAUCUUGGCAUCCACGGCUGAUAGCAAGCACACCUUCAGUCCUAUCAUCAAACUGAACACUGUUCUGGUUCGUCAGGUGGCAACAGAUAACAAAGCUUUCUUCGUCAUCUCCAUGUCAGAAAAUGGUGCUCACAUUUACGAACUGGUUGCACAGACUGUUUCAGAAAAGAAUGUAUGGCAGGACCUUAUAGCUCAGAUGGCAGGGACUGUUAAAGUGGAGACUACCAGAAGAGUGAUACCAUUACCGCAAUCAGGACCUGGCGAAGAAGAGCGUGAAGAAGAGGAGCAGCAGAAGCUCAAAGAGCAGCACGACAUUUCUGCAAGCAGUCUACAAAGCCCAGAUAAAGAUUUGGGCCUCGAAUCUUCCUUGAUACCAAAUGCUGAGUCUUCUUCACCCAUCAUGUCUGAAAAGUCCCAAGUAGGAAAUCUUCUUGUGACAGAAAGACAGUUUGAUAAAGUGCAUCAGGCAGACCUGUCACUUAAAGAUUCUUCUGCGUGCUUUGAACACACAACCACCAAUUCACCUUUGGUAUCCGAAGGACAAUGGGCACUGGAUGCAUUGAGGAACUUGGACUUGCUGAAGCAGCUGUUGGUACAGCAGUUUGGCUUUUCUGAGAAGGGGACCCUUGAAGAUCGGCAGCACUUUCCCAGGUUCAGGACUGUUUCUCAAGAAGCCCAAGCGGAGAGUGGAAAUGAGCCUGGAGAACAGCACUCUGACAGUGACAAAUAUUGCCCUCCUGGAGCAGACCAGGUGCUCCUGGGCACUGGCACUGAUGAAUCUACGGCUAGUUGUGGCCUCCGGACUUCAGCUGAAUCACCAGCCUCAGGGGAAACCAUGCAGCUCGUAGCAGGAGACCCCAUAUCAAGUAGCAACCUAGCAAUAGACCACACAAGUAUGAGUCUGGAGAUGUCAACCUCGGAGCUGGAAGGAGUGGGUGCUGAUGAAAGUGGGGAACGUUUUUUUGAUGCUCGAGAAGCUCACAGUGAUGAAAAUCCAUCCGAAAGUGAACUAAUGGAAAGGAAGGAGGAAGAGGAUGUUCAACUACGGAUCUCAGGAAAUUAUUUGAUCCUUGAUGGGUAUGGAACAGUGCAGGAGAGCUCCACGGAUGAGGAGGUAUCGUCUCUGGUUCUCCAGUGCACGACAGGUGCCCGCACCUCUUUGGACUCUGCACGGAGACACACCAUUUCCCCACGGGACACCCAGUCGGAUGGAGGAAGYUCCCCGUUUGCUGAGGAGAUGAUGGCCUCGCACUGGGGGGCAGUUGAAGAGCCCUGCUCAGUUGUAGCAAGCCCUCACUUCUCUAUAGAGUCACGGAUGCAGAUGAUGCAGUAUAUUCAGAAGAUAGAGAAUGACCUUGAAAAAUUAAAGGAGGUUGAGGAAGACUACACCAUUCUCCGUCGCCAAGGGCUGGCUGGAUCAGCCUCCACAGGAGAGCACUCAGGUAUGCAACAGACCUUUGCUUGUUGA